AUGGUGCCGUACAGACGUGGCUGCUGGCAGCCCAAUCCACCAGAGAGCGGGCAUGACAACCAGACCCAAGCGGCCUUGGGCUUCCACCACGAACGGCUCGACCGUAUCCGAGUGAAGAUCCCAUUUGCCUCAGUAAACCAAGAGGCCCGUAAGAUUGGCUUGAAAUGGGCAGAAAGGAAGGGCUUUGAGAUCCGUCAUGAUGCAGAUAAUAACCAAGUUUGCCACCGCCCAUUCGACCCAAAACGCGACGUGAUCUGGAUCGGCAACAAAGAAGCCAUUAACUUCAAUGUGGAAACUUGGACUGCGAUAAAUACGAAUCAUCCGAGAGGGAUCCCCUUUAUCCCAGCUGGCAUCAACCGGUUUGCUAUCCCCGAAGCAAUGUGGCAUGAAUGUAUGUCUUUCACCCUGUUUCGUGACACGGUUUGCUGCUUGUUCCGUGAUACGACUUUCUAUGUUGUCACGAACAGACUACCUUUGUUUGACGAGAAGAAUUCUGGUUCUAUCGACACAAUCCAGCCACGAUGGGAACUCAAAGGCAUCCAUGGAGCUCACAGCUUUAACUGUGAUAGUCAGGAUGGGCGAUCGGAGAUCCAGAAUGGCGACAAGGUUUCUGUGGGACCUUUCAGAUACCAGGUAGCGCGCACCAUCGCCAUGAUAGCGGAUCUCCAUGAUACCAAUACUGAUGGGCGUGUGAUGAGGUUUGAGCUACGGCCUGUCCAUGCCGUCAGAACAUGA